AUGACUUACUUUCAGCUGAACGCAUCGUGUCGAUUCCCUGCUGACGAUUGUGUUGGCGAACAAACAGAAGGCUUUGCGUUUGCCGAUGCUGCUGCGCAUUAUUCUGUUGAUAGUUCUCUGGAGACGUCCGAUCAUCCUCCGGAAAUACAAGCGCCAACUCUUCCAGCAAGUUCAACAAGCUUGGGAUUUCGACCUCAACGGCCGCUAACGCUAGAUCUGAAAUCUCCACAAACGCCAGCAGAAAGUGGAAUAAGCACUGCAGGAAGUUCUUAUCGUAGCCUGCCGAGUGCUGAUCAUGUCUCACAGGAUCACUGUCCUCAACCUCCGUUUGACUGCGUACAACGAUUGGCUCCACCGAUUCCGCCACGUGCGAAUUCGAGGCGCUCGGACGAUGAAGCAACAGUAGUGCAACGCCAGCGAUUGAGUCCAGUCUCGCAGUCGCCCUGA